CUCACGACUAGCUUCAGUGUUUCGAACAAAACUGGGAGGCUACCACGUCAAACCAAACUCUGAGUGCAUUAGAGGGAUACAUAAAGACAUAAAUUACUUAAUCGAGAUGGAAUCUUUAACAUAUUUGGUACAAGAAACAGUGCCACCAGUUUAUUUCUCAAUCCACCUUCUGCUGCAGGUAUUGGAUGUCGUACUGCAGAUCUUCUGCCUUCCAUUCAAAGAAGAGAAAGUUGGCCUUGGAAAGGAAAUGACAUUACGAGAAGCUGCUAUGACAGGUGACCUCAUUUCAGUCGAGCUCUUACUGAAGGCGGGCAAAGACCCAUCAGAACGAGACAAGGAACACUACACGCCUCUACACUGGGCUGCUGCUAAGGGACAUAAAAAAGUCGCAAAGAAACUUCUUGAAGUCGGUGCCGGUCUGGAAGUGAAAGGAGGACGGUUCCUGUUCACUCCAUUACAUAUGGCAGCAGGAGAAGGUCAUUUCGGCACAACUCAGUUACUCCUUGAUGCAGGAGCCCAAGUAAACUCCUUUGAUAAGUUCUAUGACACCCCCAUGCACUGGGCAGCUUGGUUCGGUCAUUUGUCAGUGUUGCAGUUUCUUGUUGAAAGGGGCGGAAAUUUCUCUGUCAUGAACAGAGAUGGUAGCACACCGCGGGAUAUGGCGUCACUUAGAGGAAACGUCAAUAUCGUUCAGUGGCUGGACGGAAUGAAAUUCGUUACGUAGGACGUGGUUUCUAAACCACGGUGUCGCGUCGUUUUAAUUCAAAUGCGUAUUCUGCAUAUUUCACAGUUUUACUAGAUGUGGUAAUAAUAGUGACAUGCUUUUACAUUUAAGUUUGCUUAUAACUAUUCGUAUACAUUUACAGUUCAAAUAUUCUGAUUUACUACAAUGUAGAAUAUGCUCAAUAAGCUGGUCACCUUUUAUCCUUGUAAUACAAACUCCACUGUUGCUCGAAGAGUUGCCUAGCAACAUAGGUCGUUAAGGUUUACAGCACGUACCUUUCAUGCGUUUCCUUAGUGCCAGUCGACUGGUUUAAGGGAUCCCUUUUCAGGAAUAAAUUUCGUAAAUGAAGCAGUCCCCCGAAGAAAUGAGCAUAUCAGCUAAAAGUGUUGAUAAAGUAUUUAUUAUGGCAUAAACAGGAGAUGGAGGAAUUUCGAUAGUUACGUCUUCAAAAUAGUGUGUAUGUUGCAUCUGAGGUUAUCACGGCGGGAAAUAUGCAGUGUAUUUCUACGACGCGGCGCCGUGUAAUCUGGGAGAAGUUUGACGACGUGUCGGGGGAAUAUAAGUAUAUUAUCUUCAUAUCAUUGAGCCUAAUAUUGGAAGCAGUACGUCUCUUCUUCUUCUGAAACAUCUGUAAAAUUCAACCACAUUAAAUGUCAUGUCCAAAAGUUUGCUACUCUUCACAGUGUAUUACUACUAUAAUAAAACAAUAAAAUAUUAAUGUUUUGCUUGAAAAAGUUUCAACUUUUUGCUAGGUAAAACACAUUUUAAUGAAAUUGAAUCUACUCGUCAAGAUGGGUUGUAAAAUACGCUGUACAAUAUUCUUCAAACAGUAGUUACAAAUUUUUGUCGGGUAGAAAGUCCCACUGGCGAUAAAGGUAUGGAUUGCAAUGGUAUGUGUCUAAAAUGAGUCACCGAAGUCGGUCGCCUAGUCAGUUACUGAGUAAUUUAUAGGUGGCAGCACGCUCAAUAAUAGCCAACUAAUUUUAUACACCAAACUUGCUACGUUGCAAAAUUCAUGCAUGUCGUUUUAAUUAUAAUUUCGAAGAAGAUGGAUACCUUUAUUCAUACCCUUAUUCGUAAUUUCACUUCUCUCUUAGAGAUUCAUUUCAUUUCAGAGAAAUUUCUGCUAUGGUUGGCUAGCAUGUGCUAGAAAAUCCAUAGUAUUGUUUGGAUUUACAAGUGAUUUCGUAUAAUAAUUAAAUAGUAUUAAGUUACUAGUAUGGGGUGACAAAAUUCUUAAUGUAAAUAAUAUAUCUAUAUGGAUUUGUGUUGUGUCAGUGUACGAAAUGGAAACAAAGAGAGCGUUGUCAACUAAGUGGGUAUUUCUAAUACAGUUAGCAUUGCUUAUUGUGUGUGCUGUGCAGUGUAGUGAAGUUUGUGAAAUUCAUGCAACAAUAAUUCGCCGUAUUGAAAAUGAUGGUUUCCAUAGGGAUAUACAUUCCUUGGUGGAAAUAGUAACUGGCUCUUCCACCCCAUGGGGAGAUUGUAUGGUGAUAUUAGAAGAAACCAUGCCCAGUGGCCUCUAUGUAAACCCUGACCAGCUGGCAGAUAUGCGAAGUUUCGGACACGUGCAGGCUUGUCCUGUUGGCAUUGUUGACAUAGAAGCAUCCCAGAAAGAUUCACUCCCUCAUUCAGUGCAUGUGUACUCCAGUCUAAAUCACACUGAGAACCUUUUGUCUGCCUCACUAACAUUGCCAUUUCACAUACGGUAUCACAGCCCUAUUCCACGUGGGGGCUAUUCCACGGUGCAAUUGGGAGCUCCGUCCCUACUGCUCCAUUGCCAGAAUGAUUUGCAGUGUGUGCACGGGAAAAGGGUCCGUGCCCCAUGUGGACCUUGCAGCCGAGAGCUGUGCCAAUGGGUCAGUCUUCUAUAUAAGACAAACUCUCUAAGUAUCAGCCUGCAUGUUCCUGUAGGCAACUCAUCGCAUCACGCCCUCGUCAUAAUAGUGACUCUUCUUGUGACAUGCGGAGGGUGCGUUUAUAUUCUGUCUGCAAUUGCCGAAGCCUGGCCCCACGCUACCAACAUGACAAGAAAAGGGUGUACCGAAGAACAUUCUGAACUGCCGUCAACAUUGUCUCAUUGGCCUGAUUCUUGUAUUCCAUCACAUCACUGAAGCGACAUGUCAAAGAGUUUGAAGACUGAUGGCAAAUGGCAGCUUUUCAUAGCAUUUAUAGUCUUGUAAAUUGUUGGUAGAAUUGUGUUGUGUUCAUAAGUAGCCAGAACGUUCUUGAACACAAGAAGCACUUUAUAAACUCAGAUCUCAUCACUAUAUUACCAAUCGUGAAGGUACAUUAGAACUUCACAUGUGUCAAGAUCCAACCCCCACUUUACAGUUAUGGAACAUGUAGGACUACAAUUAAAGUUGUUAGAAUUGUAUCGACCAUUUACAUUCCAUACCUUAUCUGUUAAUAAAGUUCUCAUAAAUGGGUCUGUGAAGAGCACAUAAAAGAAAUGAUGUUAAUGAAGGAUGCCAGAUCUCAAAAAGAAGUAUAUUUAUAUAUAUUUUAUAGGUAUCAAGUGAAAAACGGUUAGUUCUAGGAAAAGAGUUUUCAGAAUCUAAAAUGGUUGUUUUAUUAAACUCUUAAUCUCUGCUACUGUUGUCUGCAUUUUUUCUUUAUCCACAUAAUAGUUAUUUCAGGUGACGCUGUAGUAUGUAUUAUACAAUUUGUCAAUUAACUAGAACAGAAAUAGACAUUGAUAAUAUUGGUCGAUUUUUUAUAUCUCUGAAGCAGUUCAUGUUAAAUUACAAGUUAAAAUAAGGUUCAAUAACGCCAUCUUCUGGGAUGUGGCACCAUCUAGAUCUUGUGUGAACUGAUGAUUCGAAGGGACAUAUCGUCUCCCUCUUUAGGAUAGAAAAAUCCAUGAGUGAGGAACCAGCUUGAGCAGGUGGCCUCCAAAACAUCAGUUCACACAGGAUCUAUGUGGCGCCACAUCCCAGAAGACGGCAUUCUUUGUAGUCACUUCUGUGAAAACCUCAGAUCUUAUAAAAUAAUGUUGACUUCCUAUUUAUGCUGCCACAAAGGUCGAUAUACUGAUUCGUAAACUGGAUGAGAUCGACCUGAUUUCUGGCUGGUGUCAGGAGAAUUUUUCUCUCACCACAUCCAGAAAUGUUCUGGGCUUAUACAGCCUCCUACCAAAUUUAGACCAUAGGAUCUUUUCCUGUAGGAGGGGUCACCACAGUUUGAAACUGACCAUUUGCUUUUAUCUAGUCAUUAGGAGAUUUACGUCCAUAUUCUUCGUGAAAUUGCGCUAAAGCACUGAAAUAACAGUACAGUUUCUACAUUGUAAAUUUAUAAACAGAAGUUACAUGAUUAUUGGGCGCUCUAGAUAAAGCUAGUAUUAAAAAUGUUUUCUGUAGCAAAAGUUGUUGUUGAGGAGUGCCUUGGUUUUCCAUAAGUCUAACUUAUUUCUUUCAUAUUGCAGCAUUUAGAUGAAGAACAGCCUUUUGAUCAAACAGAGAAGAAUAACACUUUGUAAAAUUGAAUUAAUGUAUAUGGAAAAAUAAAUGUAUGAACCCUUAAGAGAUGUUAUAAUGUAGUAUGAACUCAGCCCUCACAUGUUAAGAUUUGUAAAUGCAUGUUGUUUUAUUACACUGAACCUGUGAUGGUGAUCUUGUGUAAGGGGAGCAUGUUACUCUUAGUGUGCUGAUUACAUUGUGAGAGGCAGAGCCCCAACCAAGAACCAAUAAUGAUAAUGUAUGGUCUGGUGCAGCCUGUUACACAUCUGAGGUGUGGCAUGGAGCAUUGAAACUGUAAAAGUUAAGCAUGUGCAGAUGGAGUUACCUCUCCAGGUAUGAAAUUCAUACCAAGGUCAAAUGAAAACGUGAGUGUUAUA